AAAAGUAUGGCCGCUAAACUUAUCUCUUUGUUACUUCUUUUCUUAAUUACUAUAGUGGAAAUCAAGCAAAUUGUAGAAGUUGGAUGUGAUGUCGGAAAGCACCAAAAAGCGUUCGAGCUCGCCGCAAGAUUUGGCUCGUCGAAGUGCUUUGAUGACGAGAGUCGUUCUAAAAGAACUGAAACUAUUUGGACUGCAAGUGCACAUAUCAUAACUGCAGUUAUCCGGCCCAGCGUGUGCCACCGUGCAGCUGGUUGGAUCGCCAGACCGACCGUUCUGUUUCUGUUUGUGCCUUUUGUUCUCAUUUUUAGACGAAACCAUACUUAUGUGAAAGCUCUUCAAAACAAUCUUUGUACUUUCCUGUUCAAAUAAUUGGUAGCC